AUGUUAUCUGCAUCAGAUUGUAAAAUCAAGGGUAGCAUUCCUAAUGGAAUUGGAAACUUUAGUAGUUUGAUCCAGUUAGAUCUAUCCAACAAUGAGCUAAAUGGGUCGUUGCCAGCUAGGAUAAAAGAUUUACAUAUGCUUCAAGGAAUGGAUCUUAGUGUGAACAAACUAAGCAAAGUGCCCCUAGAGUUUCUUUGUGCUCUCUAUAACUUGGCUACAAUAGAUCUUGGACAAAAUCAAAUUAUGGGCUCAAUACCAAAGUGCAUGGGAAAUUUUACUUCCCUAAGGAAUCUUAACCUAAGUCACAAUAGACUAAAUUCUACCCCACCUGUAGAAAUAUGGAACCUAAAAGAUCUCUUGGAGCUUGACCUCUCCUCAAAUUUGCUGAGUGGAUCUCUGCCGCAAGCAAUUACGAAUAUGAAGAUGGCAAAUUGGGUAGAUUUGUCAAUCAAUCAGCUCUCAGGUGGCAUUCCUGACUCAAUUGGAGAGAUGCAGAACCUGAAAAAUCUUUCUUUAGCACAUAAUAGAUUGGAAGGAUCAAUCCCAGAAUCGAUUGGUAAGAUGUUAAGCUUGGAGUCAUUGGAUCUAUCGCAUAACUUUCUCUCUGGAUCAGUUCCAAUGUCAAUGGAGAACCUUCGGUAUCUUAGACAUUUCAAUGUCUCUUUUAACAAUUUAAUAGGUGAAGUUCCUUCCAAAGGGCCUUUUAUAAACUUCACUGCAGCAUCCUUCACUUCAAAUCAAGCCCUCUGUGGUGCUCAAAGGUUUCAUGUGCCCCCAUGUCCAAAUAAUUCAGCUCACAAAUUGAGAACAAAAAAGUUGCAUCGAACAAUUUUUAUUCUACUGGGGGUGAUAAUAGCAGCGGGAGCCUUGUCCUUUGGAUUUGUUUACCUAAGAUAUCGAAAGAAAGAUACAGUUUCCGGUCUAGCAAAUUUAUCGUUAGUUGCAAUGCCAGAACGAAUUUCAUAUUUCGAACUUCUAAAGGCAACUAAUGGGUACAAUGAAAGCAAUUUGCUGGGAACUGGAAGCUUUGGAUCUGUUUAUAGAGGUACUCUUGAUAAUGGAAGGGUCGUGGCUGCUAAAGUUUUCAAUUUACAUGCCGAAGGAGCAUUCAAGAGUUUUGAUGUAGAAUGUGAAGUACUGCGCAAUCUUCGCCACAGAAACCUGACAGGAGUCAUCACCAGUUGCUCUAACCCUGAGUUUAAGGCAUUAGUGCUUGAGUUCAUGCCCAAUGGGAGUCUUGAGAAGUGGUUGUAUUCGCAUAACUAUUUUCUGGAUCUGAUGCAGAGAUUAGACAUAUUGAUUGAUGUUGCAUGUGCAUUGCAAUAUCUCCAUUGUGAGUAUUCAACUCCAGUAAUUCACUGUGAUUUGAAACCGAGUAAUGUCCUGCUGGAUCAAGACAUAGUUGCCCAUCUAAGUGAUUUUGGCCUUACAAAGUUGUUGGGUGAGGAGAACAGCAUCACAUACACCGAAACACUGGCCACACUUGGCUAUCUCGCACCAGAGUAUGGAUUGGAAGGAUUAGUAUCAAGAAAAUGCGAUACCUACAGUUUUGGAAUUAUGAUGAUGGAAGUCUUCACAAGAACAAAACCUAAUAGUGAAAUGUUUGGCGAAAACUUGAGCUUGAAGAGUUGGGUGACUGAUUCAAUACCUGAUGAAUUAGCCCAUGUCAUCGAUGCAAAUUUGCUGAAGGAAAGUGAUGAAUACUUUGUUGAAAAGCUAAGCUGUAUAGCCUCAAUCAUGAAAGUGGCUCUGGACUGCACGAUGGAAUCUCCAAGAGAGAGAAGCAACAUACAAGAUGUUCUUGUUGCGCUGAAAAAGAUCAAGCUUCAGUACAUAAGUGCCCUCCAUUCAAGGACGUCUUAA